AUGGGGAAGACCAUUACAAAUGCAACGCCCCUCGUUCAAUAUCUACUGGAUCUAAACGCAAGAAAAUUGUUGGCAGGAUCGUUCCCUGGGCGUAUUCUUGAAGAUAAAAAUCAUUUCACAGCGCUCAGCUCGCUACCUUCUGUGCUUUAUGCUGGAUUUGAUCCCACCGCGAAGAGCCUUCAUAUUGGAAACCUACUUGUGAUCAACAAUUUAUUGCGUUCGACGAAGUUUGGUUGUAAAGCCCUUAUGCUCGUUGGUGAAGCCACUGCAUCAGUUGGAGAUCCAAGUGGUCGCGCAAAAGAACGACCGAUGGCUGAUCAAAAUAUAACUCGAGAUCAAGCCGGAUUUAUAUCAACGACGUUAUCAAAGAUCGCUGAUAAUUGUAUGGUACUUUCAAAAUCGCCUGGUUCUAUUUCAUUGCAUAAUAAUGCAGAAUGGCUCACAAAGAUGAAUGCAAUCGAUUUUCUUCGAAAGUGCAAACCAUUUCGCGUCGGAGCGAUGCUGAGGACUGGUGCUGUAAAGAGUCGAAUGGAAGGCGAAAUCGACAAUGACGGGAUCUCGUUCACAGAAUUCAGUUAUCAAACCCUACAAAGUAUUGAUUGGCUUCAUCUGACAGAGCGCCAUGAUUGCUUUUUUCAGAUAGGAGGUUCAGAUCAGUUGGGACAUCUUGACCUUGGGGCUCAUUAUAUUCGAAAACAAACUGGAAAGUUUGCCGCCGGAAUAACGUUACCUUUGAUAACAGAUGCAAGUGGGAACAAAUUGGGAAAAUCGACCGGAGCAUCCGUAUGGCUUUCUGAUCAAAUGACGACGGCUUUCCACUUUUACCAGUUUUGGAAACAAUUGCCCGAUGUUGACGCCGAACGUUUAUUGCCAAUGUUUACACUAAAAUCAAUGCCAGAGGCUGAAGUCGUUUUAAAGGAACACAAGGAGAAACUCGGUAAAUGGAUAGCUCAAGAAGCACUAGCAAAUGAGAUGACAAUGUUGGUACAUGGACAAGAAGGACUCGAUAAAGCACUUGCAUGUUCGCGAGCAUUAUUUCAAAAUUCGACUUCAGAUCUUCAUUCGCUUACACAAAAUGAGAUCCUAGCACUUUUUGGUGAAAGCUUGAAAAUCCAAAAAGAGCGGGCAAAGACUAUCGGCGAGUUUGCAGCACAAACAAGGAAUGAUGGCAAACCGACUGAAAAUCUAGUGAAAAGUGGAGCCUUUAAGGUUAACGGAGUGCGACGAGGUGACCCUGAAGAGAAAAUCGACCAUGGAAGUUUAAUUUUGGGAAAAACGAAGAAUCUUACGCUGAUAUGUUGGGGGAAAAGAAAAUUCCAGCUAAUCGAAUGGACG